AGUGUGGUUGCGACCGUUACAGCGUCAAGUUUAGCGUGCGGAUAAUUUUGUGCGUCGUCGUUGUCAUCUCUCGCCUACGUCGAUUUCAAUUGUUACUCUGUGUCUGCAUUGUUGUCUUUAUCGCCGUUUCCUUUGUGGCCAGAGCCUCUCUCUCGUCUCAUAAAGUUCUUCAAAUUGGAGCUGAAGCCCCGUUAAAGGCUCAGAGGCGGCAAAUUAAAAACAAACAAAAUUAUAUUUUGUUUGCAUUUUUGAGCGCAAGAUUAAAAGUGUACAACGAGCAAUUGAAGCUAACCAUUUCGGGUUAAUAAAAAUGUGCCCAACUUAAAUAAAAUCAGUGCGAAAAUAAAAUACUACAAAAAAAAACCUUAAAAAAGAAAAAGGAAGGUGAAAGUAAUUAACACGCAAGAGUCAAAAGAAAUAGUUUUUUUUUGUGCACCGAAAGUAAAUAAAAAGCCAGCAAAAUUUACUACAAUAUCAGCUUCAACAACACCAACACCGGCAACCACCCCAUCAACCCCCCAAUCAUCAUCAACAACAACAACAAGAACAGCAGCCAAGCAAACAACGGCAAUAGAAUGUUAUUCGAGAAUCCAGCCGUUGCGGCCAAGUUGCCGUUUCCAUACAAUGUGCCGCCGCCUCUGCAAGCAGCGGCUGCUGCUGCCGCAGCUGUGCCAAAUUUAAGGUUUCAGACACCAAUAAAAGCGUUUGCCUGCCUGACAGCCACAAGGUUAGUAUCUAUUGAUAGACUAAAUCCGACUGCUUUCUAUAUGGGCAAUCCGAUCGAUAAUGCUGCCGCUGCCGCAGCCGCAGCCGCCGCUGGCCUAAUCGAUCCGCAUCACAAUCGUGAGCUGCACAAUGCACUCGUCGCCUCCAUAGCCAAUAGCAAUGUGGCUGCCAUUAACGGUACAUUGACUACAGCGGCGGUGCUAAAAAGUGCCGCAGCUGCUCAGGCACAGGCUCAGGCUCAGGUGCAGCAACAGCAGCAAACACAACAGCAAACUGCUGCCGGACAAACACCUCCAACAGUAGCUGUACAGCAGGAUCAAGACCAACAACAGCAGCAGCAGCAACAACAACAACAGCAGCAGCAGCAAGCAGCACAACAACAACAGGCAGCCGCACAGCAGGCUGCUUUGGCGCUGCUCAAGGUGGAGAAUGUGAAUGCUGUCGCUCAGAAUGGCAACGCUGCCAAUUUAAGCAUUAAGAGCAGCUCGUCGGGUCGCUCGACGCCCAGCAACAGUGGCGGCAGUAUGUCAGAUCCGGCACCGGGCAAACUUUUUGUUGGCGGCCUCAGCUGGCAGACAUCGUCGGACAAGCUUAAGGAAUACUUCAAUAUGUUUGGCACCGUCACCGAUGUGCUCAUCAUGAAGGAUCCGGUAACACAGCGCAGUCGCGGCUUUGGCUUCAUCACAUUCCAAGAACCCUGCACCGUGGACAAGGUGCUCAAAGUGCCCAUUCACACGCUCGAUGGCAAGAAGAUCGAUCCGAAGCAUGCCACGCCCAAGAAUCGACCGCGUCAGGCCAAUAAGACCAAAAAGAUAUUUGUUGGCGGCGUCUCGCAGGACACCUCCGCCGAGGAGGUGAAAGCCUAUUUCAGUCAAUUUGGCGCCGUCGAGGAGACCGUAAUGCUGAUGGAUCAGCAGACGAAACGCCAUCGCGGCUUUGGUUUCGUCACCUUCGAGAACGAGGAUGUUGUGGAUCGCGUCUGCGAGAUCCACUUUCACACCAUCAAGAACAAGAAGGUCGAGUGCAAGAAGGCACAACCCAAAGAGGCCGUCACACCCGCUGCCCAGCUCCUCCAGAAGCGCAUCAUGCUGGGCACCCUCGGCGUUCAGCUGCCCACGGCACCGGGCCAAUUGAUUGGUGCACGCGGUGGCGGAGUCACUGCCAUGAAUCCAUUGGCCAUGCUGCAGACACCCACACAGCUGCUGCAGUCGCCAGCGGCCGCAGCUGCCGCACAGCAGGCGGCACUCAUAUCACAGAAUCCAUUUCAAGUACAAAACGCUGCCGCCGCUGCCACAAUGGCCGCCAACCAGAGCAACUUUAGCAAGCUGCUUGCCUCAUAUCCGCAGACAGCGCUGCACAGCGUCAGAUAUGCCCCGUAUACUAUACCCGCCAGCGCUGCCACUGCCAAUGCCGCAUUGAUGCAGGCGCAUCAGACGGCACAGAAUGCGGCCGCUGUGGCCGCCCAUCAGCAGCAGCAGUCGCAUAAUGCGGCACACGCACACGUUGCUGCCGCCGCCGGACUGCAGCAUUCACAUCAUCAGCAGCAGCAUCAACAGCAUCACAAUGCCGCCGCCGCUGUGGCAGCGGCUGCCUCCAAUUCCGCUGCUGCCUCCCAGGCGCAUUCAGCAGCAGCCGCUGCUGCGCUGGCUGCCAAUGCGGCUAACGGUGCGGGCGCCAAUCCACAUUCCCUAGCGGCCGCCCAACAAGCAGCCCUUGUUGCUGGCAAUCCAUUGAAUGCGGCCGCUGCGGCUGCAGCAGCUGCUGGCAAUCCGGCUGCUGCUGCAUACCAAAACUAUGCGCUGGCCAAUGUGGAUAUGUCCAGUUUCCAGGGUGUCGACUGGAGCAGCAUGUAUGGCAUGGGCAUGUAUGUCUAAGCAGUGCCCAUCCACCCCCAUCCCCCCGCUCCCCCAUCUCUAUAUCUACAUCUUCUCUCUAACCAACUUUAUCUUUGUAAUUUGCAUCCAUACUCAUCACACUUACAAACAAACAAACAAACA